GAGCCUCUGCUGUCUGCCCUUCCUCCCUCAUCCUUCAGCAGUUCCUCGGAGCUGUCCAGCAGCCACAGCCCUGGAUUUGCGCGGCUCAACCGACGAGAUGGAGCAGGGGGCUGGACUCCACUCGUGUCAAACAAGCACCAGUGGCUGCAGGUUGACCUUGGAGAGAGGAUGGAGGUCACGGCUGUGGCCACACAGGGCGGGUACGGCAGCUCCGACUGGGUGACCAGCUACCUGCUGAUGUUCAGCGACAGCGGCAGGAACUGGAAGCAGUAUCGGCAGGAGGAGAGCAUCUCGGGCUUCCGGGGGAACGCGAACGCGGACAGCGUGGUGCUCCACCGGCUGCGGCCGCCCGUGGAGACGCGGCACGUGCGCUUCCUGCCCGCGGCCUGGAACCCGGACGGCCGCAUCGGGAUGCGAGUGGAGCUGUACGGCUGCGCCUACCGUGAGUGCGCGGCUCGGGUGGGCGCGGGACGCUCUGGGUCUGACUGUGCGCUGGCCCUCGCUGGGUUCCAGGGGUGUCUGAGAGACAUCUCCAUCAAUGCCCGAGAGGUGGACCUGAUUGCAGUGCAGCAGGGAUCACUGGGGAACUUCAGCGACCUCCAGGUGGACACCUGUGGCAUUCUUGACAGGUGUUUGCCCAACUACUGCGAGCAUGGCGGCAAGUGCUCCCAGACCUGGAACACCUUCUACUGCAACUGCAGCAGCACGGGCUACACAGGCGCCACAUGCCACCACUCCCUCUACGAGCAGUCGUGCGAGGCCUACAAGCACAAGGGCUACUCCUCUGGGUUCUACCACAUCGACCCCGAUGGCAGCGGCCCCCUGGAGCCCUUCCUGGUAUUUUGUAACAUAACUGACGCCCCGUGGACUGUCCUGCAUCACAACAGCUCCGCCGUCACGCGGGUCAAGGGCGCCAGCCCCGCGCGCCCGCACUCUGCGGCCUUCCAAUACGAGGCGGGCGCGGCGCAGCUGUUGGCCACGGUGGCGCGCGCCGGGCACUGCCAGCAGGAGCUCGCCUACCACUGCCGGAGGUCGCGGCUCCGGGACGGGCCAGGCUCCGUGGACGCUUGUCGUGGGCCACUCACCCGCGGGGAUGCUGCUUCCAUGGGGCCCUCUCCUACCCAGGGGCCAGGGUCCUCGCUGGGUUCCUUCAGUGCAGCCCCCCCCCACCUCCCGGGGGAGGUCCUGCAAGGGGGCUCCUCCAUUCGAUUGGACUUAGCCCAGAUGCGCACAGGUGACCCCGGACAGAUGAACGACACCGGGCUGCUCUCCCACAAGGAACACCUGCCGGUGACACGGAUUGUGAUCACAGACACGGGCCGGCCCGGCUCUGAGGUGGCGUACAGACUGGGGCCGCUGCUGUGUCAGGGGGACAGAUCAUUCUGGAACUCGGCGUCCUUCCACACAGAGACCUCCUACCUGCACUUCCCUACUUUCCACGGAGAACUUAGUGCCGACGUGUCUUUCUUUUUCAAGACGACGGCCUCGUCGGGGGUGUUUUUGGAGAACCUGGGCAUCACCGACUUCAUCAGCCUGGAGUUGCGCUCCCCCACGAAGGUGGCCUUCUCUUUCGAUGUGGGAAACGGACCCUGUGAGGUUAUGGUUCAGGCGUGCAGUCCCCUCAAUGACAACCGGUGGCACCUCGUACAUGCCGAGAGGAACACGAAAGAGUCAUCACUGCAGGUGGACUUGCUCCCACGCGUGGCACAAUCUGCCCCCACUGAUGGGCAUGUGCUGCUGCAACUCAACAGUCAGCUCUUCGUGGGCGGCACGGCCACGAGGCAGAGAGGCUUCCUGGGCUGCAUCCGGUCACUGCAGCUCAACGGCCAGACGCUGGACCUCGAGGAAAGGGCCAAGGUCACGCCAGGCGUGGAGCCUGGCUGCCCGGGUCACUGCCGCACCUACGGACACCUGUGCCACAAUGGGGGACGCUGCCAAGAGAGGCCCCGCGGGUUCUCCUGUGACUGUGAGCUGUCCGCAUUCACCGGGCCCUUCUGCUCCAACGAGAUUUCUGCCUAUUUUGGAACUGGCUCAUCAGUGACUUACAGUUUUCAAGAAUAUUAUUCCUUAAGUGCAAACUCCAGCUCCUACGCUGCCUCAUUCCACAGGGACACAACCUUAGCCAGAGAAAUGAUCGUGUUCAGCUUCCAAACAGUGCAAACCCCAAGCUUACUGCUGUAUGUGGACUCCUUCUACAAGGAAUACAUGUCAGUCAUCCUUGCCAAAAACGGGAGUUUGCAGAUUCGGUACAAGCUAGAUAUGCAUCAAGAUCCUGAUGUUUUUAUCUUUAACUUCAAAAACAUGGCUGAUGGCCACCUUCACCACGUGAAGAUCGACAGAGAAGAAGGAGUGGUCUUUGUAGAGGUGAACCAGAAAACUAGGAGACAAAUGAGCCUGUCCUCAGGCACAGAGUUCCACGCCAUCAAGUCCCUGGUGUUGGGCAGGAUUUUAGAGCCCGGCGGCCACGUGGACCCAGAAACGGCGCGGGCUGGAGCGCAGGGCUUCGCCGGCUGCCUGUCGGGGCUGCAGUUCGAGCGCUUGGCCCCGCUGAAGGCGGCGCUGAGCCCGGGCAGACCCGCGCUCACCUCCGUGCGGGGGCCGGUGAGCGCGUCGGACUGCGGCGCCGGAGACGGCGCGGCGCGGGAGCUCACGCACGCGCGAGCAGGUGACUCAGGACCAGUCGACGAGGGGGAGCCCAUCGCGGAUGCGGCCAGGAGGGACUCGGCAGUGAUCGGAGAACACAGCCCGCGGGAGUCAGAAGGAGUACAUCUUCUGAAGGACGACGGGCCCUUGCGUUCCUACAACCGUGUGACUGUCUUGCUACACCCAGGCUCUGGACGGCCGACCCCCUUGCGCAGACACUUCGCGGUGCGCUGA